CCUGGAGGACAAUCAGUCAGAACCAAACAGCAGACAGAGAUGGGUCAGAGCAGCUGCAAGUCUUCUCAGGUGAUCGUCAUGGGUCUGGACUCUGCAGGAAAGUCCACUUUGUGUGCCAAGCAGCUUACAGGACAGAUAGUGAACACUUCUCCCACUGUGGGCUUCAAUGUGGGAAAUCUUGAUCUAGAUAAGAAGACGUCUCUGACAGUGUGGGAUGUUGGAGGACAGAAGAGCAUGAGACCCAACUGGAAGUACUACCUGGAUGAUUGCAAGGCUCUGGUGUUCGUGGUGGAUAGCAGUGAUGCAGCGCGGAUGCCAGAAGCCCACAAGGCUCUGAAGAGCAUCCUCAGUGACGAGAGGCUGCGAGGUGUUCCUCUAAUGGUUCUAGCAAACAAGAAGGACCUGCCCAACGCCAUGAACAUACGUGAGGUCUCCACCAAGUUGGACCUGCCCAACAUCAAAGACAGGCUGUGGGAGAUCCAGGCCUGCAGCGCCACCCAGGGACUGGGUCUGGGCCAAGCCUUCAAGGCGGUCGCCAAGAUGAUCAAGAGGGCCUGAGAGGAGGAGGAAGAGUUCUGGUUCUGCAGGACAGGAUCCCUUGAGCCAUUGGUUUUAUUUAUAGAGAUGAUGUUUAAUAAAGGUUUUAGUGAUGA